ACGAACUUGGUGGUCAGUGUGCGAACUGCGGGCUUCGAGAUAAGAGGCGAAGAGGGGUAUUUGCUCUCUUGGGCCGUUGUAAAUAUUGGAACGCAACAAAAACAGAUUAAGACAACAUAGCUAAGCAGCUAUGGCAGAAGGCGAUAAUAAAAGCACAAAUUUGUAUGCCCAGGAGACGGCCCAGCUGGAGGAGCAGCUGCAGGGCUGGGGUGAGGUGAUCCUGGCUGGAGAUCGGGUCCUGCGUUGGGAGAAGCCCUGGUUCCCUGCAGUCCUGAUUGGAGUCACGACCCUGGUGUUCAUGUUGAUCUACUACCUGGACCCCUCGGUGCUGACCGGGGUGUCCUGUGCUGUGAUGAUUCUCUGCCUGGCAGAUUACCUGGUGCCCACUCUCGCCCCCAGAGUGUUCGGCUCCAACAAGUGGACCACAGAGCAGCAGCAGCGCUUCCAUGAGAUCUGUGGGAACCUGGUGAAGUCCCAGCACAGCGUGGGCGGCUGGUGGAAACGCCUCUUCGCUCUCAAGGAGGAGAAACCCAAAAUGUACUUCCUGUCUGUGAUCAGCAGUCUGCUUGUGGUGGCCUGGAUAGGCCAGCAAGUCCACAACUUGAUCCUGACCUACCUGAUUGUGAGCUUCCUCCUCUUGCUGCCUGGUCUGAAUCAGCACGGCAUCAUUACCAAGUACGCGGGCAUGGCCAAGAGGGAGAUCAACAAGCUGCUCAAACAGAAGGAGAAGAAGAACGAGUGAAAAGGAUCGGAGAACGAGAGCCCCCCCCCCCCCCCCCCCCCCCCCCCCCACCCCCCCGCCUCAGACCUGCCACCCACGGAUGGAAUCACUUGCCACAGCUCCCCUUCACUUGUCAAAAACGCCGCCCCUUCCGUCCGUCACAAACCCCCCCCCCUUAUCAUUUGUCACCCCGCCCCAUCAGAAACAAAUCCCAUCCCUUUUCCUGUUACAGAACCCACCCCCCCACCAAUCCUCGCUGAGGGUGCAAACCCUGCAUGCUCACUUCAUGUCCAUUAGUAAUAAAAUAUCAUUAGUAAUCUCGGAACAAUCAGUCCCCUGCACACACACACACGCGCACACACACACACAUGCACACUCACACACUAUUGCCUUCAGCCCCUAAAGCUUCACUGCUGUCUGUUACUUUACUUUGUUGGCACUUAGCAGAUGCUCUUAUCCAGAGUGAUGAGUACAGCACAGUAGCAGUGGCAUCUUUUAGACUGUCCUGUGUUCAACUGGCUGGAACCGAAAAGCUGUUUAGAGCUUAUUGUCCCGUCAGCAGUUACUCAGCUCUGUUUUUGCUGCCCCCCACCCCCAUCCCAUCCCAUCCCAUCCCCCAUUGCACUGAGACUCAGAAGAAACUGGACGCAAGAACGAACCCGUCCGCUGUGGCACCAGGUGCCCCCGGACGAGAGCCUACUACUGUACAGCCAGGACGGCCGCGUCAUGGGACCGGCAACUGGAACUCCACCAGAGCCCUGCUGAUCCUCACGCCCCAGGACCCCUCUUCUGCUGCGUGGGCCACGUUUGUACAUACACCCGUCCCCUUCUGCUCCCUGCCCCCACCUGCGUGUGUUACACCUGCCCUCUCCUUCAUUUCACCUUUCAUUUACCGUCUUCUGUAUCUGAGUAAUAAAAGUCUGUCUCUAAAAACGAGAAA